AUGAUAAAAAGCUUUGAAGAUGAAAUAGAAUUUAACAAAGAAGAUAUACCUGAUGUUUUAUAUCUGUUUUUUGAUGAAGUUGAACUGAUAAUUAGGAGUAAUGAAAGGAGCGAAGAUAUUAUCACAGAAAUUGAAAACAUCUCCCCAUAG